AUGGACCUCUCACCGUUUCUUGCACUGCUGCCCAUUGCCCUUCUCUCCCUCGUGUUCUUCUUCUCCACCGGCAGAAAAGCUACUCUCUCCCAUGGAGAUGGACGGAGGAGCUUGCCACCGUCGCCGUCGGGCUUCCCUCUCGUCGGGCACCUGCCGCUUCUUGGGUCGCUACCCCACCGGACGCUCCGGGCGAUGGCCGGAACGCACGGCCCAGUCAUGCUCCUGCGGCUCGGCCGCGUGCCCAUCGUGGUGGCCUCCUCGGCGGCCGCGGCGCAGGAAGCCAUGAAGGCCCGAGACGUGGCCUUCGCGGGCCGUUACCGCGGACCGAUGGUCGAGCGCCUUUUCUAUGGGUGUGACAUGGCCUUCGCUCCCUACGGCGAGCACUGGCGCCAGGCGCGACGCGUCUGCGUGCUCCACCUUCUUAGCCAGCGCUGCGUGCUCUCCUUCCGACGCGUUCGCCAGCAGGAGACCGCCGCCCUGCUCGAUCGCGUCCGCGGCGCCGGUCUCGACGACGCCGUGAACCUGAGCCAUCUUCUCGUCGUCUACUCCAGCGUCGUCCUCCUGAGGGCCGCGUUCGGCAACGACUCCAGCUAUGGGCUCGACGGAGAAGGGAAGAUUCUUAGGAAGUUGUUGGUCGACGUCGAGGAGCUGCUGGGCUUGGGCACGCUCGGCGAGGUGGUGCCGUGGCUGGCGUGGGUGGACUCGAUGAGGGGGGUGCAUGCCAAGGCAACACGGACGUUUAAUGCGCUAGAUGGCUUCCUCGAGCGGGGCAUCGCAGACCAUCGUACGCGGUGCCGUGGAGACCGGCGUGAGGGAGACGGCGGCGACGACGACAGUCGCCGCAGCUUCGUGAGCGUGCUGAUGGAUGUGAAGGAGGAAGAGGCGGGAGGAAUCCUGUUUGACACGGUAGCCGUCAAGGCCAUCAUCCUGGAUAUGUUCCUAGCCGGCUCGUCUACGACCGCCUCCAUUGUGGAAUGGGCAAUGGCGGAGCUCAUCAACCAUCCGGACGAGAUGCGCAUGCUCCAAGAGGAGAUACACAUGGUCAUCCAUGGCGGCGGCGACAACCAAGUUACCGAGGACCACCUCAGUAAGCUGCGCCACCUCAAGCCGGUGGUCAAGGAGACGCUCAGUCUGCACAUGCCGUCGCCGCUCGUGCUGCGGGAGACGAUGGAGGACACCGAGCUGCUUGGCUACCAUGUUCCAGCGUGCACCCGCGUCAUCAUCGACGUCGGGGCCAUCUCACAGGACCCCGCCACGUGGGAGCGCGCUGAGGAGUUCCUGCUGGAGCGGUGGUUCGGGGACGAUGGCGGGCCCUUGGCGGCGGUGGCGGGGCACGACUUCACGUUCUUGCCGUUCGGUGGCGGGCGGAGAGGGUGCCCUGGUGCUGGGUUUGGCAUGGCGAGCGUCGACCUGGUGCUGACGAGCCUGCUGUACCACUUUGACUGGGAGCUACCGGCCAGUGGGGCGUCCACGGUCAACAUGGAUGAGGUGGGUGGAUUGGCCAUGCGGUUGAAGAAGCCUCUGCGUCUGGUCGCUAAGCCAUGGUCUCCUUAG